UGGGAACUAUCUUUCGUUUUUCUUUUCUUUUCUAACUUGCUAUAAUUUGUUCAAGCUUUUGCCCCCCAAGUCCUCAAUGCUUUAAACUAAACCCAUAUCAAAUUCAGCGAAUCCAAUUUGUCCACCAUCACACUGAUCAUCUGGAUACAUCGUUGAAAGUUUUAGGUGUUGGAGAUUUUGAUUUUACGGGAGCAGAUCGUGUAUAUAUAUACUAGAAUCAACCAUGUUCACGCGAAUUUUCGGAAAACCUAAGCAAGAAGCUAACGCUGUAGCAACAUUAGAUAGAUUAAAUGAGACACUUGAAAUGCUUGAGAAAAAAGAGAAAGUGCUUUUAAAGAAAGCUGCUGCAGAGGUGGAAAAGGCCAAAGAAUUUACUAGAGCUAAGAACAAAAGGGCUGCAAUACAAUGUUUAAAGAGGAAAAGGCUCUAUGAACAACAAAUUGAACAACUUGGAAACUUCCAGCUACGUAUUCACGACCAGAUGAUUAUGCUUGAAGGUGCAAAAGCCACUACAGAAACCGUUGAUGCUUUGAGAACCGGUGCUUCAGCCAUGAAAGCCAUGCAGAAAUCAACGAACAUUGAUGAUGUUGACAAGACAAUGGAUGAGAUAAAUGAGCAAACUGAGAACAUGAAACAAAUCCAAGAGGCAUUGUCAGCACCCAUUGGUGCAGCUGCUGAUUUUGAUGAGGAUGAACUGGAAGCUGAGUUGGAAGAACUUGAAGGAGCAGAGCUAGAGGAACAGCUUCUCCAACCAGCCACCACUGCCCCUGCCGCUCCGGUACAUACUCCGGCAGGCCGCCAACACACACGACCACUGCCCCAAAAGAACACGGCUGAGGAAGAUGAACUUGCUGCAUUACAGGCAGAAAUGGCACUUUAAAACAAAAAGAAAUUAUUGAAGAUGUGGAUUUGAUGGCAGAUGGAGGGGAGUGAAGAUGAUGCAUAUAAAUGAAGAAAGUGAAGAAAUGAUGAAAAGUUUGGUUGAACUUUAGCUCUUGUACAUUUGUGAUAUUAAACUUGAAUAACAUGUUUGAAUUUGGAACUUGGGAAAAAAAUCGAUUACAUGGAUUCAAAGAGGUGCAUGUUACUUGGUAUAUGAAAUUGAAAUUCUACAUCUUUUUUUA